AUUUCGGCUAUGUUUUUCUUGGAAUACGAAACACCAAAGAUAAUAAAAAUAAGAAAUUGGCAACUUGCUUUAAUCAAUAAAACGAUUCAGAUUAGCAUUCUGAUUUAUGUUAUCGGAUAUGUUCUCUUAUAUAAGAAAGGUUAUCAAUCAUUUGACCAAUUACCCAUGUGCGCCAAUAGUAUUAAAAUUAAGGGAAUAGGCUCAUUAAGCUCUGCAUAUACAAAAACAAACGACUCCGAAUCCAUAGUUGACAUGGUGGAUUAUCAAUUUACUCCUCCAGUUGAUAACAAUGCCUUUUAUAUCCCAACUAGAUUGAUUAUAACCGAAAAUCAGAUACAAAGUCAGUGUCCAGAGGAUCCUAAUAUUCCCAGUGUUUUCUGUAUUUUACAUUCAAGGAAUAAUAGUUGUCAAAAUGGUCAGAUAAUAGAGGGAGGUAAUGGAAUUCAAACUGGCAGAUGUGUAAAAUUUAUUUCCAAAGAUAUAAAUCUGAAUGGCAAAGAAACCAAUGGUGUUUGCGAGAUAAAAGCUUGGUGCCCUGUACAAUUAACUGGCUUACACGAUUCCGUUGGUUCCAUGUUGAUGAAGAAUAAAUCGAAAGUAAUGAAUGUAGAAGAAAAUAAAAGUGGUGAUUCUGAAAGCAGAUUAAUUAUCGGAGCCGAAAAUUUUACGAUAUUCAUUAAAAACUCGAUAACUUUUUCAAAAUUCGGUGUUAAAAGGCGUAACAUUAUGGAUAACUUUUCCUGGGAACCUGAUAGACCCAUUCCUCCUCCCAAUCCACUUAAAUAUUUAAGAACAUGCAAAUAUUCCCCGGAAUCGCAAAAUUGGUUUUGCCCAGUUUUUACAUUGAACGAUUUAUUAAAUUACUCAAAUUCAACCUAUCAACAAGUAUAUAGUCAAGGCGCAAUAAUCGCGGUUAAAAUUGAUUGGAAAUGUAAUUUGGACAGGGACUUAAAUAAAUGCAUUCCUUCAUAUAGUUUCUCAAGAAUCGAUGAUCCAAAGGUUAAUUACUCCCCCGGGUGGAAUUUCAAAUAUGCACAAUAUUUCAAAGAAAAUACAACCAUGAAAAGAACCUUAAUCAAAGUAUUUGGUAUACGAUUUAUGAUAUUUUCUACUGGAAGUGCAGGAAAAUUUAACUUUAUACCAUUAAUGAUCAAUAUGGGAUCAGGCCUAGCUUUAAUGGGUUUUACAUCUGUUAUUUGUGAUAUUUUAAUACUAUACUUGAUGAAAAAUAAAGAUAUUUACAAGGCUAAAAAAUAUGAACAAUUGGAAACACAUUUGUCCGACUCCGAACUUAUAUCAUGAACCUAUUUAGAUUAUAGUCUUAAAAUGUAUUAUGCAC